UUAGUACGUGUCCGAAACGAAAUCGUAAUAAUUUAACCAGGGUUAUCUAUAUCAGAAGCGUUUGCUGACAAUUCCAAAAUCAUAAAAUACAUUAAUCUAUUUGCCUUGAUUUUAUUCAGUUUGUGUUCGCUGUCGGGUGUGGUGUUAAUAUUAUAUUUGUAAGUACAGGUAUUAUGCACUUUAAAACAAUGUGCAUUUUAUAUUAGAGUAGAGAUUAAAACGGUUUCAAAUUUAAUAUUCAUUAAAAAAGUACAAUGAUAGCAAAAAGCGUUACAGUACUGAUUUUAGGGAUUUUCGUAAUCGAUGGGUCAGCUGCAGAUAGUAUUUUUAUUGAAUACAAAUCCCAUACAGAUUACUACGACGUUACCGCGAUUUAUAAGACACAGUCAGUGUAUAAUACUACAGGAGAAGAAGGAAAUUCUUUCAAUAAUUCCAGAUGCUCCGGUUGCAAAGAUGUGGAAAUUCAUUUGAGAACUAAUGCUAUUGGUAUGCCAAUUGAGUUUGAUGGAGUCAUUCUAAGUUCCGAUAAGAAAAGCUUAGAAUUCAUAGCAGACUACAAGUAUCCGACCAAUAUUCUCACGCGAAACAAAAUUGAGUACAACGUCAAAGAAUGGGUCAUUUCGCCAUUCAUUAUGUCUAAUAAUGCUGAAAUUCCAAAGUUCUCAGAAUACAAUUUGUUACUGUGGAGAGCUAACAAUAAUGAAGAAUCGUUCAAAAUCAGAUGGAAACAAAGAAAUACAAUUCAACAGUGUAUAUCAGUAUCGUAUAUAUUGAACGAUGUGUCCAAGUGUACAUUCACAAUGAUCUUAAUUGAUGAAGAUAGUCCUAAUAAACAAAUCAUAGGUUCUAAUAAUAUUAAAGAAUCGAGCCAGAGUGAAUUAAAAACAAUUUUGUUCAAAAAUAAUAAUUGGUUAUAUGAAAACAAAACAUACAGUUUAAAUUGUAAACUCCAAAAGAAAUCACUUAGAGUAAAAAAGCCCAACGCUAACCCAUCAUAUUUUUAUGACACAUAUGAAACAGUAUACGUCAAGGGUUGUGAGAUUGGAAUCAAGCGAAUAGCUCAGUGCACAGACGAUAAUGAUGAUAUUGAGUACAAUAACGAAGAAAUAUUCACGAUAACAGCGAAAGAAUUACAAAAUACACCAUCUGCGACUUCAUUGACAUUCAAUGUUUAUCCAUUUGGUAAAACAUCAGUCUACACACCACGGAAUAAAUCAUUGCCAUCUUCAACUUGCUUUAACGGUGGAUUUGAGCACAAAGACGGUUGCGUGUGUCCUGUUGGUUUCAAAGGCGAUAAUUGCGAACAAGCGUGUGGGCCCAACACGUUUGGCUUCGACUGCUCUGGAAUGUGUUCAAUACGCCUAACGCAGUGCCGGCAGAUGAUGUUUUGCACCAGCGGUUUUGGGUGUAAGUGUCCGGUGGGCUAUAGCGGGGACGACUGCUCCACAGAAUGCAUGAAUGGUACAUACGGCGCAAACUGCGAGCAAACAUGUUCCAGCGGUUGUAGUUCGAAAUCGUGUGACAUUUACACUGGCGUUUGCACUGAGGGAUGCAAGACGAGUUACAUUUUGCCAUACUGCAUAACAAAGUAUCCUUGGCUCAAGCGUCCGCCACAGUUGGAAUCGUGGGACGUUAUCGGGUCACUAAUGCUUAAAAUUGAUUUAAAUUCUGAAAACAUAGACGGCAGUAAAAAUAUGAAAUCCGAGUAUUACCAAAUAGUAUUCAAAAUCGCUACAGACGAAUCGGAAUUUCAAUACCCGGAAAUCAAAGAAAUCGGACAACAGAAAUCCGUAAUAGAAAUCAUUGACAAUCUCCAACAGGGAAUAUCGUACACCUUCGGUGUGAUUCUAAUUUCAGAAGACGGAAAUUACAACACAGAGGAUAUAAAAACAGUCAAUUACUCGACCAAAUGCAUAUUACCAAGAAACACAAACUACAAUGUAAACUUAACGAGUGGCACGGAUUACAUCAAUGUCACUUGGAACAAGCUCAGCGAUCAAAACGAAGGAAAUUGCAAAAUAACCGAGUACUUGUUAGAACUGAAGCUGGAUCGUGCCGCUAUAAAGCAACAAAGUUAUUCAGAAAAAGUCAAAUCUAAUGAUAAUUAUGGGCAUAUAUUUGAAAAUCUACUACCUGGCGAAAAAUAUACUGUUCAAGCAAUAGCGAUUUUGGCUACAGGUCAAACCAAACCAUUAAACAUAUCAUAUGUUUACACCAAGCCUCGUGGAUUUAUCCAGAUGAAAAACAUAAAAACAAAAAUAUUUAAUAAUCAGAGUUUGUUAUUAACGUGGGAUAUUGAUGAAAAAUACGAAAUUUCAUUGAAUUACAUAGUCAAAUAUAAGGUGAAUAAGUAUUUCAGUUGUUCUCAUCGAGUUGUUACAAAUAACUGGACAUCGCUGAUAGUUAACAAUCAGACUAGACAAGAAAUUUUGGAUUUGAUACCGAAUACACAGUAUGUUUUAAAAGUUGAGCCAAAAAUUACAGAUUAUACUUACAACGACAACGAGAAUAUUAUUUUUGUGAAAACACCUAUUUCCAGUCCACAAUUAAUACCUAUAAUGAAUGUCGAAAACGAUUCGUGUAUCACCAAUCAAACUGCGAACUUUAAUUGGAUGAUAAACAUGACUGAGUGUUCUAAACUAAAUGGUUUCUUUCAAGGAUAUCACGUCAUACUUAAGAAUAUUUUCGAAGGAACACAAGUAGCAAAAUCUACCAAACAAAACAGUGUGAUCUUCGAUGAAUUAAAACCCGAUACCAACUAUGAACUGCAGGUUUACGUUCUGACAAAUCACGGAUACAACUCGAACCAAGGACUGUUCAUACCAUUUAAAACCAAAUCAAAAUUUUUAGAUCCUGCGGUGGAAGAAUUAAUAGUUUAUAAGAAAAACUUGAUACACAAAUUAAUUGGAAUUAGGUGGAGUUUUCCCGACAAUUAUAUCAUCAACGGUUUUAUUGUCAUCGCGAUCAACAAGAACAGUACGAAUAAUACAAAGAAAAUUACUGUAAAACCCGAAAGAUGCAUUGCUUGGCCAAAAUUCUACUGCACUACUUUUGAGGACUUAAUACCCAACAACCAAUAUACGAUUGAGGUAAAAGCCAAAUCACAAGACUAUCCUACAGGUGGUUUGCCAGCGUCAGUCGUCAGCGAUUUUAGUGAAGGGUUUUCAGAUACACCAGAAAAUCUCAGGGCAAUAAACGUAAGUUCCGUGCACAUUUUAGUGGAAUGGGACAUUCCCUGGGUAUUCAACGGUGUAUUGAAAUCAUUCAUAGUCAGCACCGAAGAGAUUUCGUCUAAAGAUAUCGCUAAGGUCCAUAACAAUAAAUCCGAAGUGGAGAUACAGGUCACAGAAGAAAUCCCAACUUACAAUUAUACGAUAUACAACUUGAAGCCCAAUACCACAUAUUCAAUCGGUGUGUUGUCGAAGACUUCAUCGAACGAUAAAAUCAAUAAAAUACAAGUAACGACUCUUCCGACUCCUACAGAAAUUUAAUUAUAUCCGCUAAUAACAUUUGCAGCUCUGAUAUCUGAAAUAAAACCCGAUGGGUCAUACCUACUCUAAUAAACUACUAAUACUUAUUACAUUGAUUUACAA